UAUCCGAUGACCGGAAAACGGACAGUGCAUGUUUUCGUUUUGGGUGACCUAGCUCGGUCACCCCGUAUUGCUACUCACGCUCGUUAUUUGGCCGACGAGGGCUGGUCUGUGACAAUUUCGGGAUUUUCGCCUUCUGGCGACUUUUCGAUGGCGAAGCGACCAUUGCGAGUAUUACCUAUUCCACCAUCUCCAAACUUUCGUAAAUUCUUGUAUCCUCCAAUGUUGGCAUUGAUUCUUAAAAAGCAUCUGAAAGCCAAUGGCAUUCUCGCUUCAGUAGUCUAUGACCGUCCUCCGGACGAAUUCAAACCAACGUCUGCUGAUUCUGCGCACAGACUUUUAUCCAGGUUGUCUUCGGAGUAUCCACAACUUGGUGAUCCAGAAGGAUCGCUGCGUCGUACAAGGUUAACCGAGAUUACAGCACUUCCUGCUACUCUUGGUGGUAGCACUCCUCAGUGGCGUCCGGAUCGACCCGCUUUUGUUGUGAGUAGCUGCAGUUGGACUCCGGAUGAUGAUUUCAGUCUCGUUGUGGAUGCCCUCGAUUGUUAUGACAAAAGCGCAGCUCUACCGCACUCUUUUCUGCCAAACAUUCUGUUUGCAGUAACUGGCCGGGGACCUUUAAGAGAUCACUUUGCACAACUCAUCGAUUCCAAACAGUGGUCUCAUGUCGAAGUGAUCAUGCCGUGGUUGGAAUGGGCUGACUAUCCCGUUUUGUUGGGCUGUGCCGAUUUGGGAAUUAGUGUGCAUCGUAGUUCAUCCAAUUUGGACCUUCCCAUGAAGGUCGUUGAUCUGUUCGGCGUCGGGGUUCCGGUUUUGGCGCUCGCCUAUCCAGCAUUAGCAGAACUUAUGCCAGAGGAUCGGUUUGGUGGGAUGUUCACAAAUUCCUCGGAUUUAGCGGAACAACUGAUCGACCUGUUAUACACCCAACCAAAAUCGGCAACUAUCGGGUCCCCGCACCUACUGACUUAUCGGAACAAUUUAAAAGAGGCCAUGACAACGACCCCCCGGGGGCAUGCCUACUGGCGGGAUGUUUGCCUUCCAAUUUUUGAGAACAUGAUUAAGCCUGAAUAACACAGUUUGAUUUUUUUUCAAAUUCUCAUUGGGGUAUUGCGUUCCCAACCUUCAUUUUUAAAUCGAAUUCUAUUACUAUUUUCUAUGAUUUCUCUUUUCACUUUUUCGCGCGGCCUACACCUGUGAGGAGCGCCUUGCUAGUUUG